GCUCUUCCGGGGCGUCAGGGAGCCGCUCUACCCGCCUCUUCUCCCUUUGGUGCACGAGGAGAUGGGGCGGAAGCGGCAGCAACAGCAGCAACGGCGACAGCGGCAGCCCCGGCCGGGACCCCCUCUCGAGGCCUUCGCGGAGGCGGAGAAUGAGGAAGGCCCCGGCGGCGACUCCGGCCCCAUCUUGGGCGGGGACCCGCUCCGCGGCCACUCUUCCUCCUCCCCCGUCAAGGGCGCGGCGGCGGGGUCGUCCGAGCCGGAGCCGGGUAGCGGCAGCGUCCGGGGAUGCGGCGAGGUCCGGGCCUCGCCUUCUCCCCCGCUGGCCAUGUGGGACUUGGGCCACUGCGACCCGCGGCGCUGCACGGGGCGGCGGCUGGCGAGGAAGGGGCUGGUGCGGACGCUGCGCCUCGGACAGCGCUUCGGAGGCGUCAUCCUCAGCCCCGCCGCCACCCGCUUCGUCUCCCCCGCAGACAGGUGAGCGGGGCCGGCGGAGCUAGGAAGGUGUUAGAAGAAAAAACUGCUCCCUUUUCCCUUAUGGGGUAUCCAGAGCCCGUAUAGAGCCCUUAUGUAGGUUCUCUAUCGGUAGGAGGAAAUAACAGAAGCCAAGCAGAGAAUAUUGAGAAGCAAAGCAGCUAGUAAGCCUGAUCUUUAUUAAACUGUUGCAACAGGGUGCUCACUCACCACGUGCAGGAGGGAGGAGCAACCCAAAACACUGGUGUGCAAGCCCUUACAGACUUUUGAAAUAGCCUACCCUGUAGCUCAAGACCACCCCCCAAAACAUCAUACAUAUAUCACAGAAAGAGGUGAUCCCCAGCAGAAAUUUGUGUGUGUUGCUUCUCUCCUGUCAGCGAGGAUACCUGAUAAUGCUUUAUAUGAUUGCCUUUUCUGGGUAGCCUGGCCAUUCCUUUGAGAUGGUAAAUACUUAGUUCCUGAAUCUCUUACGCAUAUUGAUAGUGUUAAAAGAAAAUAUGGAACAUGUAUUAAUAUCAAUAAAGGUCAAGCCCAUACUUCCUUUUUAGAUACUUGCCUGAUUGUAUUUACAGGCAUCUAGAGGAAAGGGGAAGCCAGCAAAGACAGGAGGAGGGUUUCUGCCAGGUGGAGGGGAAAAGGCAGGACCUUUAAUCAUGCUUUACCUCAGGGCCACUCAACGGGAAUGUUGGCAGACAAAAGAAAGCAGCUCUUCACACAGCUGGUAAUAAACUCUGGAAUUUGCUCACUGAGAGGCAGUGAUAGCCAUCAACUUGAAUGAUUUUCACUGAGGAUUAGACAGAUUCAUGACAAGCCUAUCAGUGGCUUCUAGCCAUAAUUGUUUUGUUCUGUCUCCAUUGCUGCCUCUGAAUGAGUGCUGUUGUGUUCAUGCCCUGCUUGCAGGCUUCCCUCAGGCAUCUGUAAGAACAGGCUGGUCCAGCUACAGAGCUUUCUUCUUAGUGCUCAUGUGUAGGGCCAGUAUGUGGAGCCUGUACGACUGAUACUUCAGGGUUGAGGUGCGUUCCCAGCCAGUGUUCUUUUUGGGCUUUGUUCAAGUGGAUGCUUCCACUAGCUAGUGAGCUGAUGAAACUUCACAGCUUAGGGUCGAUUAUUCAGAUUUGUUCUGUUCAGCUUGGCCACAUCCAGUGUCUUCGCAUGAGAAGUCUGGCUUGGCGGUCUUGAGCAACUCACAUCUGCUAUCCUAACUGGAUCCCAAAGCAGCUCCAGUGGGGUGAGAAACCAGCAACAUCCUGGUUUGAAAUUGCUGUUGCUGUGUUUUUAGACAGAUUGUGGCUCAGAAUGGAAUUGCAGUGAUUGACUGCUCUUGGGCAAAGCUGGAUGAGACGCCGUUUGCCAAGAUGAAGGGAAGCCAUCUCCGCCUGCUGCCCUUUCUGGUGGCUGCAAAUCCAGUGAACUACGGCCGGCCAUGCAAACUCUCCUGUGUGGAAGCAUUUGCAGCUACUUUCUACAUUGUGGGUGAGGCUGGAAGAAAAGCUUGUAGAUCUAAUUCUUUGCUGUAUAGUGGACUGUAUGAAUACAUGCCUGUCUGUGUGCAGCCAUGCCUUAGUGUCAAACUUAUUUCCUUGAUGACUAGGGCAAGUUUGAAAAUGUUCUGGGGGUCUGUGGCAUCUGCUGAGGAAUCUGGGGUCUGUUCUCUCCACGUUCCCUCCCUUCUUUUGAGCACUGCUAUAGGCUUACAGCAAGGUGUAUGCGAAUGUACACAUUGCUCAAUUACUUUUUAAGAGGGACUUCUGUCUUUAUUUUGAGCUACCUGCCUCUGUCCCAACUGAUUAAUUGGAGAAUGUGGCAAGAUUUCUGAGUGAUGCUAUAAAAUUGUCACCAUAGGUCGUAACGUACCUCACAAUGUCUGGACAGUUUUAUCCUAAAGUACCUCUUAAUAUGUUUCAUUAACUGUGUUGUAUUUUGAUCCAUGUAUACAAUGCACUUUUUAUGCCAAUGAAGUAGAUAGAUAGAUAGAUAGAUAGAUAGAUAGAUAGAUAAAAACUUAUUUAUUUCAGAAUGUCACGAGCAACUAGGAGGUAUGGGGCUGGACAGCUUCUUCGCCUGCAAAGUACCUUGUAAUUUUUUUUAAAAUGCAGACUUUCUUGUCUUUAUUUUAGGAUUCUCUGAUCUUGCCACAAUCCUCUUACAAAAAUUUAAAUGGGGAAAAGUGUUCCUUGAUUUGAAUAAAGACCUCCUGGAGAAAUAUGCUGCCUGUAAUUGUGAAGAGGAAGUACUGAAAGUUGAACAAGAGUUUCUGGCUCAUGCCCAAGAAAAAGAAAAAGAAGAAAUAGGUAAGAACCUACUGACUUUUACUUCUGAGAACCUUUGAGUCUUCUUAAACAAUGCCUUGACACUGCCCUUGUCUCCCCCGCACCUCCAUGGUCAGGAAAUCAAGUGGUGCUUAGUCAGAAAGCUGCUCCAUUCUUCUGGGAUGAACAUAUGGGAUCAGUCAGCCACAUAACUUGGGUGCCCCCUAGGAGCGUGGGGAAUCCCCAGCAUAGAACUAUACUACAUCAUCAACCAAGUGUCCCACAUACUCCCAUACAUUCUAGAAGACAAGACAAAACAAUGAGUACACCUGGAGAGAGACAUAUUUGAAAAUACCUCCACCACAGCAUACCCAUUCCUCCUCAAAAAAAUAAGGAAAAUCCCCACAACACUAAACAGGUUCACACAGACCAUGCUUAAAGCAUGGAAGGAAGAAGCACGUAAACUGUCCUCAACCCCAUCCCCACUAAUCCCCCUGGCACACCACCCCACUAUUCCACCACGCACCACAAAACCUCUAGAUAAAAACCUGGCAAGCCAAAGGCUUAUACCGCUUAGCAGACUUCUACAAAAAUAACCCAUAUCAACGCAAGAAAUACAAGACAAACUAGGGGACACCGAAAUGCCCUGGGCUAACACACCACCAAGUACAUGCCCUUUUAAACAAUCUGGUAGUAAAAUGAGCAGCAACUAGGCCCUUGACAACCUUCAAAAUCUCCUCCUAACAACAAAGGGCUGGUAUCUACAAUAUACAAAAUACUGCUCCAAAAUCCCACAAACUCCCUCAACGUAAUCAGACAACAAUGGUUCAAUAGUUGUUGUUGGAAAAGUGAAAUACAAGUAUUAAAUCACCUCAACUCAACAUUUAGAGCUUUGUUAUGGCAACACUAACACCUUGAGUUAGGCCUAGUAGCUCAUUGUCAGCCAGUGAUACUGGUCUUCCUUGAUGCAGUAAUUAUUGUCAAUAUAGACUAAAGUCUCUGCCCAUCUCCCCUGCCCUCAAUGACUACACCAGCUGGACUAACAAACCAACCCCACACUCCCAAGUUAUCUGCCAUCAACUGCCUGUGACAAUUAUUAUUGGCAUUGUACUCGUAAAUUAUUGUAUAUUGAUUUUACUUUUAAGUCAUCUUGGAAUGAUUUGCAUUCUGAAAGAUGGGAUGUAACUGCAUACAUAUGGUUCUAGAGAAGAAGAAAAAACUUGGAACAAUAGCUUACCAUCCUGCUUUUUUCUCUCCGCAGACCCCUUUGAUAUUGACUCUGGAAAAGAGUUUUUUAAUCCCAACAGGCCUGCCAGAGCUUCAGGGUAAGAGCUUCAGGUUUGCAGUCCUAAACCCACCAGGGAACAAGUCCACUGAAUUUAGUGGGGCUUACUUCUGAGUUGGCGGGACGCGGGUGGCGCUGUGGGUAAAACCUCAGUGCCUAGGACUUGCCAAUCGUAUGGUUGGCGGUUCGAAUCCCUGCGGCAGGGUGAGCUCCCGUCUUUCGGUCCCAGCUCCUGCCCACCUAGCAGUUCGAAAGCACCCCUAAGUGCAAGUAGAUAAAUAGGUACCGCUUUAUAGCGGGAAGGUAAAUGGCGUUUCCGUGUGCUGCGCUGGUGCUGGCUCGCCAGAGCAGCUUCAUCACGCUGGCCACGCGACCCGGAAGUGUCUGCGGACAGCGCUGGCUCCCGGCCUCUUAAGUGAGAUGAGCGCACAACCCUAGAGUCGGACACGACUGGCCCGUACGGGCAGGAGUACCUUUACCUUUUACUUCUGAGUUGACAUAGCAGUAGUGUCUCAUUUCCCUUUUCCUUCUUGGUUUGUAUUACGCUGAUCUCUGUUCAUAGAAUAACUGCUGGUGAUGAAAGUUCCGAUGAAGAAACAUCUGAUGAGGAUGAAGAUGAGGAUGAUGCUGGAAAGAGUAGCAGCUCAGAGGACCUGAAUGCAACAUGUGCUGCACACAGCAAGCCAGCUGUGUGGAAGAAAACUAAAAACAAACCAAGGUUCCAAUCCUGAGCAUUGAUACAAGGAAGUAAGUCCCAUUGAACUCAGUGAUGGGGUUUGCUUUUAAAUAAAGCCUGUCUAGGAUUGGGCUUGACUGCGCUCUGCUCUGGUGAGCCCAGUGGGUUAAGAAGAUAUACAGAGUUGGUUGAGAACCUUCUUCUGUCGAUAGCAGUCCCCACUUACUGCUAGCAAAUGGGGCCUCACAGUCUCUCUUCUGCUGUAGUGGCCAUAUGCUGCAACUGUGGCAUGCUUUUAAAUCACCAUUUCAGCUAGUUUCUACUAGUAGACUAUGUUGUGAUGUUGGAAGGAAAUAAACUGGGAGAGGUUCCCUAAAGUAACGCCUCCACCUCUCAAUUCAGUACCUCUCCUGAUACCCAAGAGAGGCUGUGGCCUGGUGGCUGGGAAUGCAGAUGCUGAAUGAGAAGCUCCAGCUGAGAUGGGCAGGCACCCUGACCCUUCUUAUACUGCUGAAGGUGAAGAACACAAGGGACUACCUUGCUGGAGCACACACCCCCUCCAUCCUCCUCCAGUGAGCUGCCUCUUGGGGAUCAGAUGGUAGCAAAACAAAGGUGGCUGAAAUUGUAGUGUUACAAAAGCACCCCAAGCCCAUUGCAGUAUUUAACCUGUGUCACUUGUGCCUUGAUACAAAAAAAAAUUUCCUCACUUUUCAGGCAAGAGGAAAGAUGAAACUGCACUCUAAGUUUCCUUAGGUCACCAGUGGGGUGUGGGACAGUAGCCAAUGAGAAUAUCACCAGGAUAAUGAAGCUACUGGGUCUGACACAUGCAUUUUCAACCCUUCAGUCUCUUAUUGUCCAGCUAAAAGGAUGCUUUGAUGUGAAGGAAGGAAAUCCUUAUAUGGCAAUGUUGAAAAGCAUAUCCUUGCCCCCAACAUGUAUAUUCAUAUUCAUGGGAGUGGAAUAAACACUAAUGUAGUUUGGUUAGUUUGUCCUUUCAUCCUAUUAAGCCAAGCAGCCAAAUGAUGCACUAUUGUAUGUUGGAUGCUUGAAUACAGCAGUAUGGUCACAUGGAACUAACUACCGGUGGCUUUUCAAGUUCUCACACAGAUCUUUUUUAACUCCUGCUGCCUGGAAUGACCAUGGCAUGAUAUCUCUCCCAAAGCUAUUGAAUGCCUGCAAGAGAGGUCACUCCAAAAGUGACAAGUAUAUUAAAAGAAGAAAGUGAGACAAAAAAGCUUUAUAGAAACAAGUUUAUUUACUCUAAACAGCAACACAGACAAAACGCCAUAAACACAAAGGAAGUGAUGCAGAAUCAAGAUGCUGGCUGACUUUGGAUCUGGAGGCUUUUAAGCAACAACAACCUAAUUUAUUAUUGGUAGAAAUCAAAAAAGGGGGUGGAGGGCAUGUUUUUCUUUUUCUUCUUACAGCCAAGUAGAGGCAAAAUAUACUUCUAAACAGUUUAAAGCAUGCCUGCAUCAGAAAGCAAAGAAACUAGAGAUACUAGUGAAUUUAUAGAAGUAUAAAAGUUUAUAGUUUUACAGCAGUUGAAAUACUGACAUCAAUAUUAAAAUAAAAGCAAGUUUUACAUAACAAUCAAAAAUACAAAAGACUGAAGGAAGAGACCCUGUAUGAAAAAACGGGGGGCAAUUCAGCAAAUUUAGAACUGUAUACAAGUGGCGAAUAUGGAAAAUGGCACACAUACAAUCCCCUCCCCUAAGUGACUAUUAAUUGUACAUAGUGACAAUAGAUUUGCAAAAGUUUUGUAAACAAGUUCUUGCCAAUUAAUCCCUUCCUUUAAGAUGCUGGAUGACAGGAGCUUAUGAUGGUGCAAACUUCUUGGCUUGUGCUCGAACCCUCUUUUCAUAUUCCACUCUGUUUUGGCUAAAAAGAGAAAGGUGACUUGACUUUUAAAAGAUCUCUCUGCAUGAGGCAUUCUAUAUCAAGCCCAUAGCUUGAGAUAAUCAAACACUUAAGACCCCACAUGCAGAAUAUUCAGAACACUGGGAUCUAACAGAUCUCCCAGGAGUUGCUGACUGGAGAUGGAAAGGGGUAUGGAUAUGAAUUAGGAAGGUAUCAUUUUUACAAGCAACAUGGUUAACAUAGGUGAAGCACUUCACAGAAUCAAAGAAUUGCAAGGUUGGAAGUGACCAUGAGGGUCAUCUAAUCCAAUCCCCUGCAAUGCAGAAAUCUUUUGCCCAACAUGGGGCUCAAACCCACAACCCUGCGAUUGAGUGUCUCAUGCUCUACCAACUGAACUAUUUCAGCCCCUGCUCCUUGCACAGAAGCCUCACUGGUGCCAACAGCUCCUUCCUAACACAAACAAUUUUGGAGGAAGGGCAGCGAUUCACUCCAACUUCUGAAGCAGCUGCCUCCUGCAUUUUUUUGUCUAGUUUAGCCCCAAAGCGUUACACAAAUGCUUACCUACUAUGAUUGACAGGGAAAGAGACAUGGUGGAUAUUUGGUUCUGUCUACUGUGACUGCAAUUGUCAAGGGGUAUCACAUCAGAGCAGGUGAAGUCUACUCACCAGUAAAUUGUGUAAGCCUCUGCUUGAGCUGGGUCCUGAAUAUUUGGUUCAUUUAGGAGUUCUUGGAUUCCUAACAAGAUCUAUGAGCACAGAAGAAAAGAAACACCCUUCACGCAAGUAUUGUUAUAAAACAGAUUUUAAGUCUGCAUGAGAAAAUGCAGUUGAAACAUGAGAAGCUCCCUGUGUGGCCACAAUGAUUUUGAAUAAAUAUAUACUAAACUGUUUUUAUUU